AGGGUAAGUGUCUUUGCUUUUAGUUCAUCCAGUUGGUAUGCGUUGUGUCCAGCUGAGGAUUUCCCCAUGACCUUUCAGUUAACUACUCUAAUACAAUGUUCUGUGCUUGUUGGCAUAGCAGUAAUAUUUCUAAGCUGAACCGUGUGCCAGGGGUCUGUGUCUGAGCCAAACGCAGCUCGGUGUAUAGAAGCCAACGUUGCCAUUUGUCUUUGCUUAAUUCUCUCUGAUGACAGAUAUUCAGCAUCAUUCGGGAGGCACACUCUGACCACUGGCAUCUCUGAAACAUGGCCGGAUCCCACCACACAUUCAUUUGGCUUGAGUUCACUGUUAAAAAAAAAUCUGUUUGAAACGCACAACUCCGCCAAAAUAGUUCCCUUUUUUAGAUUAUAGAUUUUGUGGUUCUUUUGUGUCAGUUCUGUUAAGUAGAUCUUUUGUUACUCGAGUACCUGGAUACAAAACUAUAUGAACUGUGAUUCUAUUAUGUGCAUUUGACUUUGUUUAUCUUUCCGUAUGUAUAGCAAGAUGUAUUGUACUGUAAAAUGUGUGUAGCAGUUAGAGGAGUAGCACGCACCAUUUAUUUAAUAUAUGCUGUACUACUAGGUUAAGAUAAGGGUCAACUUGAUUUCCCUGUAGACUGUUGACCCAUCUUUCAAUGUUGCUAGGGUAACCUGUCAAGAGCAGUUGGCACUACUGUGCAGCACUCAGAGACCUUUCACUACUACACUAUAUUAUGGGAAAAAAAAGUUAAAUUCAUCUUUAACUUAAUUCACCUUUUACAUUUUUGUUACAAAGUUAACAACCUCAAUGUGUCUGUUUCCUUGAAAUCCUCUACUACAGCUGUUGUAGUUGUUGUAACUCUGAAUAACAGUGUCAUCAUUUCUAACUAUCAGAUCAUGUCUCUUAUGGGUCUUUCUGCUAGCUGUGAGCUUAGAAUGUUUGGUUCCUACUUGAUGUCUUAAUUUUGUCUGGCAGCAUAACAAUGCUAAAAGGACCAAAAUUGCUAAAUUGGCAGCAGACUAUCAGUGGAUGACAUCAUUUCUGUGACAAAGGUUCUGGUAUUGAUGCUGCUGUAAGCACUUCACUGUGUUUGCUUUGCCUGCAUGUCUUAUCUGCAUAGUGUUGUGUGUAUGGCUCGCAGUGUGGCGAUACUGUUUGUUACAACACCUUUGCACCUGUCACUACACAUUGAUCAAAUAACUGCAGGUGGACAGCUGCACCGACAAACUCACAAGCUCAAGUGUCUAUGCCGUAAAACAUGAGCUCAAAUCAGAUACAAGUCAUAAAAUCAUUCCAUACAUAAUAGCAGUUGUCCAUUUCACUUGUGUGGGUGGUGAGGAGAUGCAUUGCAGUUCACAGUUGGGAGGACUCUGUUUAUGUUGCUUAGUGCCUGUCCAGGGCCUAUCUGUGGCUAAAGCAUUCUAGUUUCCCAGUUCUUGUUGCAAAGUUAUGAGUUCGUCUCUACAAACAACUGCAGUUGGAUGGUGUUACGUACUCAAUGACUCACUUGACAAAUCCUUCAAAUCUUUCUGCUCUUGUUUGCUCUCUUUUCACACACUGAGGCCUGCUUGGAAAUGUAGAGCUAGUCCACUUUCGCCAUAUCUUCUUUCUUUCAUCUGUCUUUCUUUCUCUGCCCCGGUCUGAGUUUACCCCCUCCCUCCCUUCUCCAUGAGGCCUCUCCUACAAGAGCUGGGCUAGAGGCCUCUUUAUCCCAGGCUGUGACUGGUCCACAGCUGUCACAUGGUGCUGAGUGGGCUGCACUGCUAUCCGCUACCCGCCCAGCUCUUUGGGUGUUCACAUGGAAUAACUCCACAGCUGCAGUGGGAAGAGCGCUGGGGCCGGGACACAGGGAGAGGCGGCGAGCCCAAAAUGGACAUGGCUAACCUAUUCAAACACUUCUUUCGGAUUGGGAAGGUGAAGGGCGGGAAGAGGGGCAUGAGAGACACAGCCUCUAAUGUGGACUCAGACAUGUACGAUAACGGCGAGCGUUUGUAUGACCUGAACGUGCCUGCGUUGGUUAAGUUCAGCUACACGGCGGAGCGUGAGGAUGAGCUGUCUCUGGUCAAAGGAACACGGGUCAUCGUCAUGGAGAAGUGCAGCGACGGCUGGUGGCGUGGCAGCUACAGCGGCCGCUCGGGCUGGUUCCCCUCUAACUAUGUGACAGAGGAUGUGGAGCGGACAGCAGGACCAGGAGGGCUGGGUGACCCCACGGUAUCCCUGACAGAGAAGCUGGCAGCUGUGGUCAACAGCACGGCCAAUGGGAACAGAGUGCUGCACACGGUCCAGGCCUUGUACCCGUUCAGCUCGGGCAAUGAUGAAGAGCUGAACUUUGAAAAGGGAGAGGUGAUGGAGGUCAUAGAGAAACCUGAAAACGACCCAGAGUGGUGGAAGUGUCGCAAAGCCGAUGGACAGUUGGGAUUAGUACCUAAAAAUUAUGUAACAGUGCUGGACUCCAGCUCCCAUAAACCCCUAGCAGGCCCAGCCGGACCCCCCACCCCCGACUGUGACUACAUCUCCCCCUCAGGGACCGGCCGCUUCGCCGGGAAGGAGUGGUACUAUGGCAAAGUGACCCGCCACCAGGCUGAGGUGGCGCUCAACCACCGGGGCACAGAGGGAGACUUCCUCAUCCGAGACAGCGAGUCAUCGCCCAAUGACUUCUCCAUCUCCCUGAAGGCCCAAAGCAAGAACAAGCAUUUCAAAGUGCAGCUUAAAGAAAAUCUUUACUGCAUUGGACAGAGGAAGUUCAACUCUAUGGAAGAGCUUGUUGAACACUACAAAAAGGCCCCUAUUUUCACCAGCGAGCAGGGAGACAAACUGUACCUGAUCAAGGCCCUGGCUGCCUCCUGAUCCCUCUGUCACAGACACUUGGAACCUACAGAUACACACAGAACAUGUGGAGUCAUAGUGAAACACACACUAACAUAUGAACUGUACCCUGAGGACUUAGCACAUCAUCAGGACUUAAACCCAUUUGAGAGCAUUCCAAGAGGAGGAAUGGAAAAAGCAUGGGAGAGACGGACACACAGAGGAGGAGACAAAGACUAUGGACUCCUGAUAGAUGACUACAGACCUCUUGGUCGCCUAUUUAAAAUGAUCCAGAUGUGUAGCCCAUCGGCAAUGCCAUGUAUUUCCUCCUCUGUAUCUAUUAGACUUACAUUUAGUUUUCUCUUUUGUUAAUAAUAUAUAAUCUUUUUAACAUUUUCUUUUUUAAAUGUGAUGAUUUUAACUGUCUUUACACCAUCUUUCAGACAUGAUUGAAGCUCUUUGUGUCUGUCUUAAUUGGCUGUUGACACGCUAAUCAACACUCUCUGCUAACUGCUUAUGCUGAAUAAAACUCAUGUGACCAAAAUAUAUUUAUUGACACUAUUCUGUUAGGCUUAGAUCUGUCACGCUUUGCAUAUGAAGGAUUCUCAUUUUGUAAAACGUGCCCACUCGGCCACGCUGAUUGUUGCAUAGCUGUGGCCACCACAGAUGUAGCCUGUUGCUCUCAUAGCGAAACAAACCCACCAUGUUGCGUCUGCAUGCAAUUGUGUUUUCACUGUGACUAUGUGGUAGCCCCUCCCCCACCCAUCACUCUGACAGCUGAGGAGCGCCCUGUGUGUUGCCAAGGGGGACGUUUCUCCGGAGAUAAGAGAGGUUCAGCCUGCGUCCAAACACAUGCUAGUUGUGCCGAGGGGAAAUGGUUGUCCAGUCAAGAGCAUGAUGUCAUCUGGAAAUCGUGAGUUACUGGAGAAAAAGGUUGCUUAAAGGUUAUAUUCGUGUGGUUAUGUAGGUUAAAAUGCACAUGCUAGAUAUACACUUGUGGUUAGAACGUAUGAUUCACUUUCUGAAUAGUUGCUGAAGGUAGAACAGGCGUUUUGUUUUGAAUGCACAGAAAAUAAGGUGACAUUUUUGGGAUGUUAUUGAGGCAAAGAGGACAAAGAAGUACUCAAAACCUCUUACUAAAGCAGCAUUGGAGUUUAAGGACAGAUGAUGAUGACCAGGAUAGUGAUGAGUUCUCCAGCUGGAAGUUCGGAGCUAUCGAAAAGUAGGGGGAUUUCAUGGGAGGAAUGGAAACUGACCCUCUGAAACUCAAGUGGUGACUUAGGAUCUUGGGAGGAGUCUUGGAUAAAGUUUAACUCGCUGAAUACAGUAUCUGGAAUACCGCUCCCAGUUGUCGGGGUGGGGAGUGCAGAGGCCAUUGGUGAUGUAUAAAUGAAAGAACGUUUGCGGCACAAUAGAGUAGAUGUGAGGCGUGUAUCCUGUUCUUUUUGUGAUGUGACAUUUGUAUAUGUGUAUGUUCUGGCCAUUCACUUCAGCUGAUUAAUGUAAACUGUGUGGUAAGGAUUUAUGAUGGUGAGAAAGUUAUUUUUUUUACAACGGAAGUAGAAAUUUAUGGUCCAACAAUGGCAGCAAUGGACGUACCAGGCACAUAUCAGUAAAUUAGAAGUUUAUGGGAAAGUCAAACUGUAUAGUCAACCCAAGUUAUAUUGUCCAAGCCUGUUUUUUAUUCUGCCUUACUCUUAACAAGAGCCUUUAAUGUCUCGAAUCAUUAUCGUAAAGGUACACUAUGCCACUUUUCUGCUGGGUCGUUUGUCAGUUGCUGGUCACCAUGGAUAGGUUAUUAUGAUGCCUGGAAUUUUACACAGUAUAACAUUAAUUUAUCUUGUCUCCAUGGAGAUAGAAACGUUAAAUCCAGCAUCAAACAAGCAUCCACUAGAAAUUUUACAUAGUUCACUUUUUACUAUGAAUGGAAUCUUUUUUUUUUUUUUUUUUUUUUUUUUUUUUAAAUUAAAAUGAAAGCAAAAUUUCUCAAUAUAUUUUUUUCUUAUGUGCCUGUAUAUUCUCUAUGAUUUGGCCUUUAACAUAGUUACAAAUUCUGCUAAUUGGCUUUGCUUUGGUGCCAUUUUCCGCACACUUCACAAUAUGCUAUCUCCUGUUUUAAAUCCGCAAUAUGACAGAAUUAACGUGGGUACCGCCUACUCGCUGUGCCCUAUUUAGAAGGAUUUAGGAGCUUUUUCGUGCCUUCACUGCUUCUGAUUUACCAAAGGUUCAAUGUCCCUUAUCACUCCUCUUGUCACUGCUGCGUGCUAUGCCAUCAGGUUGACGCUUUGCAUGUGUGUGUCAGUAAAAUGGAUUGAGUUCGCAAAACAUCUUCAUUGGCUAUUUCCUUGUGUACUCCCCAAUUAUUUUUUGGUCAUGCAUUGUUUGUUGUAUCAAGUGACCUUAUCAUUGCUGAGAAUAUACUGAUCAGGCUUUAACAUUGUGGCUUCAACAAAUAAUGAAUCUUAAAUAUGAAUUAGUUACUGAUUGGGUGAACAUUUCAAAGGCUGCAUUUUCAAUUUUGGAAGGAAUUUUUUUGCAUUUUUGAAGGAAUUGGAUCUACAAAUUAGCCAUAUUUUUUAAUUAUCUCACCGGCAUCUGCAAACUGACAGCUAAAAAGCAAAUUCUUACUUAGAAGUUUGCCCAAUUCUCAGUUCAGUUUUAAACUAUAGGCUGUUUUGAAUGUUUUUUCCCUGUUGUAUUUUAGACAGGUGGCUAUUUUGUUAUGCCUGAUCAUUGUAACUUCCUGAGUAAUUCAUGAAUGCCUACAUGUACAGUAUGUGCCGAUUUCUCAUUGAAAAACAUACAGUAGCAGGUGUAAUGUAAUCUUGACCUCAAUCUAAUGUAACAACGCCAAGUAACGGUAUCCUGACUUAUUUGGUUGUAAGGAAACUGUCAAGGGAACCAAGAAAAUUCAUUUAAUGUCAGUAUAACUUUCAUUUAGUGUGACCUAGGCUAGGGCUGCACAUUAGUAGCAAAAAUGUCAGUUAUCUUAAGUAUUAUGAUAUAGAUGGUCCGGUUUUACUCAAAAAAUACAAGGCUUUGGAUCAUACUACUGCAUAUCUUAUGAAAUUGCCAAUAUUGCAAUGAUGCCAAAUGAUAUAUUGUGUUAAUUAUGCAACAUUUCUGUCAUCAUGCUACCAGUUUAGCCACUUUAAAUGUAAAAAUGUUCCUACGAGCCUGAUGUAUAAGAGAGGCUGAAAGUACCUCUGCAUAGAUAUUAUUUUCCAUCAUAAGCCAGCCGCAUGAGCAGAGCCUCGCUGCGCUACAGAAAUGUUCAAAUCUGCUUAUAACAUUUGGGCAGCAGUUGCAAAAUGUAUCUAGAGAUUAUUUUAUUAUCCACUUGUACAGAACUCCAAAUGCAGCUUAAGUGAAUUCUUGUCUGCAAAUGCAACCCUGAGAAAAGUCUUUACACAGAUUAAUUUCUAGAUAAAAUUCAAGUGGCCCAUGUUGACGUUGGUGCUUUUGUGCUGCUUACAUUGUAUGGUGUUCUUUGUCUCACUGUACGCCAGAGUGGAACAAACACAUUGAUGCUGUGGGGUAGUGGAGGCAGUGCUGUGAAAUGUAAUGUUCAUACUCUUAAUACUGUUUCUAUGGAGGAGAGGACGUCUUCAGGUGUAAGAAUUAGAAGAGUCUAUUAUUAGAGUGUUCAAAGAUGUCAUAAUAAACUAUGGGAAAUUC